GUGCUGAGAAACAACCAAGAAUGUAGAAUUUUGUUCGCUAAUAAACCGUAAUCUCGUGGCUCCUCUUAAUAUCCUAACACGUGUCACUGCACUGCAUGCGCUUCUAAAGCUGAAAGUAACUAAAUGAGCUAGCUAGCAUGCAGGAGCGACUUCCAACCGUCACUUUUGUAGUCUUGCCUUAGAUGGACGUUUAAAUGGUUUACAAAUUGUUAACGGUUAUCCGUUACAGAGAUCCUUAUAUUGUUUUUUCUUAUUAAAGGAAGCCCACGCUCCAAAAAGCGGGAUAUAACAGGUUGUCAAGUCGUAAAAUAUCUCAACUGAGAGAUUUGGCGUGUUAUUUUCGACAUUUUAUCAGGCUUUGUUUUAAUUCGUUUUAACUUUGGGAUAUACAUACGAGUAACAAACUAUAAAGAAGACAUUUUGACAUAUCAUUUUGAUAUCUCAUUUAUUCACCAAAAUGCAUACAUUUGCAACCUUUCAGUUGCUGCUACCCGAAGUUCCGUGCAGGAUAGUCAUACUAUUUCGAAUAUACCAUUCCUUUAUUUUACUGCCCACCCACCUAGUUUAUUUUCUUGCUAAAGAAAUUAUUUGGGAAACUGGCCAAGGGCAAGCAUUUAUAAAAACGAAGAUGCUUACAAGCUUACAGUACAUGAUAUUACAAUAACUCGGAUGAAGAGGUUGCAAUGAUUUGUUGGAUCAAGAGCACAACUGAUAAGUGAUCUUCGUUCAUUAGAUAUGUUAACACACGAAAUAAGACCCGACAUAACAUGUGUGGUAUUAUUUUGGGAUAUGGAUGGGAUCUGGACCAGAAAUAUUUACGUUGGCCUGCACAGCCAGAAAAUACAUUAAAGUUUAGUAACUUAGUAACGUUAAUCACAGCUUGUUAGCUAGUAAGUAGCUUCCGCCAUUGUCUACGUUAGUACGCAUGUGCGAAAUGGACCCUGAGAAAAGCUCACGAUGUUCCCGAGAAAGAAAUAUGAUUAUGUUUCAAUUGAAGUUACUAGCUUGAAAUACAUUUUUGCUAAAGCGGAAGAGAAGGCGACUACUCUCUUGAUAGAUGUAAUCUUUGGAGUACAGUUUUAAGUGGGAAAAAGACGCGCUAUUCUGAAGUCCGAUGAAAACACUUAACAUCCUCGCUUCGUUCAGACGUCACAUAAUCAUUACAUUUUUAUCGACAAGAAAUAGCUUCUUUAUUUUUUUUUAAACAGAAGAAACGAUGUUCAAGAAGUAUAGGCGAGCUCGUGGUCGCCAUGGCCCCAUAAUGGAUAGCGUGGGUGAACCAAUUUCCGUAUAUGGUUGUCAGACACAAUAUGUUGAGAAAGUCUGUGAGAUCUCAACAUUGGGUGGAGAAGUUAAAGAGAAGCUGCACAGUGACUCUGAACAACCAGAGAAGGUCCGUGCAGUUCCGAUCCACCGGCGUCCUGACCUGCUGGUUCCCUGCGCGGACCUGGUCAACUCUGAGUGGCAGAGGAGCCAGGCCGCCCGGGUUCACUCCCUCCAGAAGUCCUGUCCAGAGUUCCCCAUCUGCUUGGUUCUCCUACAAGGCCACAGAGAGACAGAGCGGCUGGUCGGCCACGCACGGCUAUCCCGGGUCGUAGGUCACAGCAGCAGCCUGUUCGUCGAGUCGGUGGUUGUGUCCAAGGCGGAGCGAGGGAAGGGCUACGGCCGGACUCUGAUGGAGGAGAUUGAGCGCUAUGCCAAAAGCAGAGCUUUCAAGCGCCUGUGCCUGACCACCCACGAUAAGCAGCACUUCUACGCCCACCUCGGCUAUGUGCUGUCGACGCCAGUGCAGAACGCAGGCGCCAUGACAGCGUUUGUUCCCAUGGAGAUGCUUUUGAGGUUCUCCAGAAUGCCGAGUGAAGAGGCGACCACAGAGAAACAAACGCGGACAAAGAUGGAUCCUCAAGUACCACAUGGGAACAAAGACUCAGGAGGUGCUUGUGUUGUAGGGUCACCUCCACCUACUAGUUUACCACCUCCUCCUCCUCUACCUCCUCCUUCCUCCAUCUCUCCUCCUUCCCCUCCUCCUCCUCUGCCUUCCAUCCCUCCUCCACCACCUCCUCCUCCUCCGCAGGCUGCAGGGCAGCUUGUAGUUCAGACUCUGACUGAAACUCCCUACAGAGACGCCAAAGGAGUUCCCAUCUAUUGGAUGCACAAAGACAUUUGACGAACACACAAUCAAAUACACUUAGGAAUGCAUUCACCCACAUAUUUAAAUUAUUAAAUGUGCACACAUCAAAAGACAAAAACAUAUGUACAAACAUAAAGCAUAAACACCAUUAGUGGUCUCUCAGACACACAGAAAACAAGUAACGGAGGAAAUACAGGAUGUGGAAAACAUCAGAGAGAGAAUGAAAUGUUUUAGUAAAUCAAAGGAAUACAGAAAACACUCAUUUACACAUUCAUUCACUGCUAUUACACAUUUAGACACAUUCAGUCUUUUUCAAGCUAAAGGCUUGUAUCUUGGGCUGAAACACAGAGCCAAAAAUAUCACAACACUCAGACACAAAUACAGAAGCACACACACAGGUACAAAUGCACAACCAGAGAUGUCUUGUGCUGUAAGCUUCCAAAAAAAGAUCAUCAUUUAAUACUGAAGUGAAAAUUGCAGUACACUUGACUUCAACCAGCCUUUUACUUUCAUAGUUUGGGCCAUCAUUCUUAUUGGAUAUUUUUGAAGUGAAGAAGAUGAAGGUGCUGGUUGGUGGCCGUAAGGGUUCAGUCAACCUUGUUUUCACUUCCAAAUAACUGGUUUUAAUAAUUACAUAAAACUGCACAUUGAACUCGAUGUAUCCCUGUAUAUCUGCAUCGAAGCAGUGAGUAAAACAGAAAUGGUGACCAACACUAUGAAAAUAAGAACCAGGUUGUACAAUGAGUGGAACCGUAAUAAAAAAAAAAACUUAACCUACAUACUGCUUAUUGUUACUUCACUUGGAUAUUUGAGCUUCACUGUGCAAAAUGAUGUAUGUGCAGAUUUUGAUACUAGAAGACUGGUUUCACAUUCAUCUGCUGAAGGGGGAACGUUUCUCUGUGCUCACUUUUUAAAGGUUGACUGUGAAAGCUUAGUAAAGAUACUUUAGAAAAAUAUUUUUUGGCUCAUCCAAACAACCAGUGAUAUUACUUUUGGCCUUUGAGCAGCUCAACUCCUCAGAAAUAUUGGCAAAUUCCAUUCUAUAUCUGCUAUUAAAUUAUGCGAUGCUGUAAUGUUGAACUCAAGGUUUGAAUGUGCCUUGUUGAACUGCCAAAGAACUGAAGCCUUAUUUAAGUUCUAAAGUCUUGUUAUAAUGAUGAAAAUGAUGCAUCUUAUUACAUCUGAUGUUUCAAUAGAGAAAAAUUAUGGAAAUAAAGAGAAUUUAAUGAAA